GUGGGGACGCAGCGGGGUGAGCCACCGCGGGGUGACAACGUCUGGGGGCGCCCCGAGCGCGCGGCACCUCCGUGCCCCGAAACACCUGGGGCGCGGCGCUAAAUCCCGUUGAGCGGAUUAACCGGCAGGUCUUAGCCACAAAUCCCGGCGCGUGGCGGGGCGGCAAUGCCCGUGCCCGCGUCCACGGCACCCCACAGCGGCCCCUUCCCCGCAGCCGACGGCCGCCCGGCCGCGGGACGCCGGGACCAUGACCUCGGAGAACGACUACGACCACCUGGAGCUGCAGCAGUCCUACAGCCACUGGGACGCCUCCGACGAUGAGCUGGACAACGACAACAGCUCCGCGCGCCUCUUCGAGCGCUCCCGCAUCAAAGCCCUGGCAGACGAGCGGGAGGCGGUGCAGAAGAAGACCUUCACCAAGUGGGUGAACUUGCACUUGGCUUGCGUCACCUGCCGCAUCUCAGACCUCUACCUGGACCUCCGGGACGGGCGGAUGCUCAUCAAGCUGCUGGAGGUGCUGUCCAAAGAGAUGCUGCCCAAGCCCACCAAGGGCCGGAUGCGGAUCCACUGCCUGGAGAACGUGGACAAGGCGCUGCAGUUCCUGAAGGAGAAGCAGGUGCACCUGGAGAACAUGGGCUCCCACGACAUCGUGGACGGCAACCACCGCCUCAUCCUCGGCCUCAUCUGGACCAUCAUCCUGCGCUUCCAGGUCCAGGAUGUCAUCAAGGAGAUGAAGGAGGGCCCGGAGACGCGCUCCCCCCGGGACGCGCUGCUGCUCUGGUGCCAGAUGAAGACGGCGGGCUACCCCCACGUGAACAUCACCAACUUCACCUCCAGCUGGAAGGACGGGCUGGCCUUCAACGCCCUCAUCCACAAGCACAGGCCCGAGCUGUUUGAGUUCAAAACCCUGACCAAGUCCAAUGCCCGGCACAACCUGGAGCACGCGUUCAGCGUGGCGGAGCGGCACCUGGGCAUCACCCCGCUCCUCGACCCCGAAGAUGUGUUCACGGAGAACCCCGACGAGAAGUCCAUCAUCACCUACGUGGUGGCCUUCUACCACUACUUCUCCGAGAUGAAGAAGCUGGAGGUGAAGGGCAGGCGGCUGGGCAAGGUCAUCGAGCACGCCAAGGAGACGGAGCGGAUGAUCGAGGGCUACGGGGGGCUGGCCUCCGACCUGCUCACCUGGAUCGAGCAGACCAUCAUCUCCCUCAACAGCCGCAGCUUCGCCAACUCGCUGGCCGGGGUGCAGCACCAGCUGCAAGCCUUCAGCACCUACCGCACGGUGGAGAAGCCCCCUAAGUUUCAGGAGAAGGGCAACCUGGAGGUGCUGCUCUUCACCAUCCAGUCGCGGAUGCGAGCCAACAACCAGCGCGUCUACACCCCGCAUGAGGGGCGCCUGGUCUGCGACAUCAACCGGGCGUGGGAGCAGCUGGAGAAAGCGGAGCACGAGCGGGAGCUGGCGCUGCGCAACGAGCUCAUCCGGCAGGAGAAGCUGGAGCAGCUGGCGCGGCGCUUCGACCUGAAGGCGGCCAUGCGGGAGGCCUGGCUGAGCGAGAACCAGCGCCUGGUGGCACAGGAUAACUUUGGCCAGGACCUGCCGGCGGUGGAGGCGGCCAAGAAGAAGCACGAGGCCAUCGAGACGGACACGGCCGCCUACAGGGAGCGGGUGCAGGCCAUCGAGGCGGUGGCGAAGGAGCUGGAGGCAGAGGGCUACCACGACAUCAAGCGCAUCAAGGGGCGCAAGGACAACAUCCUGCGGCUCUGGGAGCAGCUCCAGGAGCUGCUGCGUGCCCGGCGUCAGCGCCUCGAGAUGAACCUCACCCUGCAGCACCUCUUCCAGGAGAUGCUGCACAGCAUCGACUGGAUGGACGAGGUCAAGGCACAGCUGGCAUCGCCCGAAUCCGGGAAGCACCUCCUGGAGGUGGAGGAGCUGCUGGAGACCCACCGGCUGCUGGAAGGUGACAUGGCCCUGCAGGCGGAGAAGGUGCGGGCUGUCAGCGCUGCUGCCCUCCGCUUCGCCGACGCUGAGGGCUACCGCCCCUGCGACCCCAAAGUGAUCCGGGACCGCGUGAGCCACCUGGAGCUGUGCCGGCGGGAGCUGCAGGCGCUGGCGGCGAGGCGCAAAGCCCUGCUGGAGCAGUCCCGGGCGCUCUGGCAGUGCCUGCGGGAGCUGGACGAGGCGGAGGACUGGAUCAAGGAGCAGGAGCAGAUCUGCUCGGCGCUGGACUACGGCAAGGACCUGGCGGGCGUGCUGCUGCUGCAGCGCCGCCACGCCGCCUUGGAGGCCGAGCUGGAGGCCCGGGGCGCCCGGCUGGAGCGGGCGCUGGUGGCGGCCGAGCGGCUGGCGGCCGCGGGGCGCGAGGCCGGGCUGCUGCGGGAGCGGGCGGCCGCCGUCCGGGCGCUCUGGGGCCAGCUGCAGGAGCUGGUGGCUUUCCGCCGGCGGGGGCUGCGGGACGCCGAGGGCUUCUUCCAGUUCCAGGCGGAGGCCGAGGAGCUGGCGGAGGCGCUGACGGAUGCCCGGCGGCGGGCGGCCAGCGAGGAGCUGGGCCACGACGAAGCCCGCACCCAGGCGCUGCUGCGGGAGCACCAGGAGCUGCUGGAGGAGCUGGUGGCCGCCCGGCAGCUCCUGGAGCGCUUGGGCCACCAAGCGGAGGGCUUCCCCCCGGAGCUGCAGGCUGGCCCCGAGGCGCAGAGCCGGCUGGCGGCGCUGCGGGCGCUGCACGCCGAGGUGGUCGGGCUGGCCGAGCUGCGCGGCCGCCGGCUGCAGGAUGCCCUGGACCUCUACACUGUUUUCGGGGAGAGCGAAGCCUGCCAUCUCUGGAUGGCCUCCAAGGAGCGGUGGCUGGAGAAGCUGGAGGUGCCCGAGGCGCUGGAGGACCUGGACGUGGUGCAGCACAGGCUGGACGGGCUGGAGCAGGAGAUGGCCGGCGUGGCUCCCCAGAUCGACGCCGUCAACCGCGCAGCCGACGGUCUGCUGGAGAGCGGGCACCCGCGCAGCCCCCAGGUGCGGCAGUGCCAGCAGCAGCUCAACGAGAGGUGGGGCCGUUUUCGGGAGCUGGUGUCCCGGCGGCGCGCGGCGGUGGGCUCGGCGCUCAGCCUGCUCAACUACCGGCUGGAGUGCGAGGAGACCCGCUCCUGGCUGCUGGGCAAGACGCGGGUGGUGGAGUCCACGCGGGACCUCGGCCGCGACCUGGCCGGCGUCCUGGCCACCCAGCGCAAGCUGUACGGCAUCGAGCGUGAGCUGGCGGCCGCCGAGAGCCGCCUGGCCGCCCUGCGCCCCCAGGCUGCCCGCCUGGCCGAGGAGCGCCCCGAACUGGCCGAGGACGUGGCGGGGCGGCUGGCGGCGGCUCAAGACGCCAUGGACGGGCUGCAGGACGCCCUGCGGGACCGGGCGGCCACGCUGGGGGAAGCCGGGCAGCUGCAGAGCUUCCUGCAGGACCUGGAUGACUUCCAAGCGUGGCUCUUCGGGGCGCAGAAAGCCGUGGCGGCCACCGACGAGGUGCCGGUGUCGGUGGCCGAGGCGGAGGAGCUGCUGCAGCGGCACGCGGCCGCCCGCCAGGACGCCGAGGGGCACGCGGCCGCCUUCGAGGCGCUGGUGGAGGCGGGCGAGCGGGUGACGGGGGGCCAGGAGGACCCCGAGUACGAGCAGCUGCGGGAGCGGCUGCGGGGCGUGGAGGCGGGCUGGGGCGCCCUGCGCAAGAUGUGGGACGCCCGGCAGCGCUUCCUCGCCCAGUGCCUGGGCUUCCAGGAGUUCCUGCGUGACGCCAAGCAGGCGGAGAUCCUCCUCGCCAACCAGGAGUACACGCUGGCCCACCUGGAGCUGCCCACCACGCUGGAGGGCUCGGUGGCUGCCCUGCGCCGCUUCGAGGACUUCCACGCCAGCAUGGAGAGCAGCGCUGAGAAGGUCCCCAGCGUGGUGGCCAGCGGCACCAAGCUGGUAGCCGAGGGCAACAUCUUCUCCGAGAAGAUCACCGAGAAGUGCCAGGCCCUCCAGGAGCGGCACCAGGCGAUCGUGGCCAAGGCUCAGGAGGCGGCGGGCUUGCUGCAGGACAACCACGAGCUGCAGAGCUUCCUGCAGAGCUGCCGAGAGCUCGCCACCUGGGUGGAGGAGAAGAUGCUGACGGCGCAGGACGCGUCCUACGGGGAAGCCCGUGGUCUCCACGGCAAGUGGCAGAAGCACCAGGCGUUCAUGGCCGAGCUGGCGGCCAACCGGGGCUGGAUGGAGAAGAUCGAAGAGGAGGGGACGGAGCUGGCGAGCCGCAAGCCGCAGUACGGCGCCGUGGUGGGACGGCGCCUGGGCGAGCUGCGGGCGCUGUGGGACGGGCUGCACGCCGCCGCCGAGGAGAAGGGCCGGCAGCUCUUCGAGGCCAACCGCGCCGAGCUGUGCGCCCAGAGCUACGGCGACCUGGAGCGCUGGCUGGGGCAGGCGGAGGGCGAGCUGCGCGCCGCCGAGCGGGCCGAGGACCUCACCAGUGCCAACCUGCUGCUCAAGAGGCUGACGCGGCUGGAGGAGCAAGUGGGAGCGCGGCAGGAGGAGCUGGCGGAGCUGGCGGCCCCGCUCGCCGGGGCUGCGCCGGAGCCUGACGGGCAGGAGCAGAGGCUCCAGCAGCGCUUCCUCGAGCUGCUGGAGCCACUGGGGAGGAGGAGGAGGGAGCUGGAGACCUCCAAGGCCAUGUACCAGCUGGCGCGUGACCUGGAGGACGAGACGAUGUGGGUGCAGGAGAGGAUGCCACGGGCCAGGUCGACGGACCACGGCACCGACCUGCAGAGCGUGCAGCGCCUGGCCAAGCGGAAUGAGACCCUGCAGAAGGAGCUGCAGGGCCAUGCCCCCCGGCUGGCCGAGGUGCUGGCGCGCGGCGAGGCGGCGGCCGAAGGUCCGUGCCCGGAGCUGGCGGAGCGGGCGCAGGAGCUGAGGGUGCUGUGGGAGGCUCUGCGGGAGGAGGUGGCCGCGCGGCAGCGGAGGCUGCAGGAGGCCGGCGAGGCCCAGCAGUACUACCUGGAUGCCGGCGAGGCCGAGGCGUGGGUCAGCGAGCAGGAGCUCUUCAUGGGGGAUGAGGAGAAGCCGAAGGACGAGGAAAGUGGGUUGGUGAUGCUGAAGAGACACGUGCGACAGCAGCGCGCCAUCGAGGACUACGGCCAAACCAUCAAGGAGCUGGCGGGGAGGGCGCAGCAGCUGCUCUCCGCCGGCCACCCCGAGGGGGAGCAGAUCAUCCGGCUGCAGGGCCAGGUGGACAAGCACUACGCGGGGCUGAAGGAGGCGGCCGAGGAGCGCCGGCGGCGCCUGGAGAACAUGUGCCACCUCUUCCAGCUGAAGCGCGAGGUGGAGGACCUGGAGCAGUGGAUCGCCGAGCGCGACGUGGCCGCCUCCUCCCAGGAGAUGGGGCAGGACCUGGACCACGUCACGCUGCUGCGGGAGAAGUUUCGGGAGUUUGCGCGGGAAACGGGCAGCGUGGGGCAGGAGCGCGUGGACCGGGUCAACCUGGCCAUCGAGGACCUCAUCGACGCGGGGCACACCGAGGCCGCCACCAUGGCCGAGUGGAAGGACGGGCUGAACGAGAGCUGGGCCGACCUCCUGGAGCUCAUCGACACCCGCAUGCAGCUGCUGGCCGCCUCCCACGACCUGCACAAGUACUUCUACGACGGCGCCGAGCUGCUGGCCCUCAUCGCCGCCCGCCACCAGGAGCUGCCCCAGGACCUGGGCGACGACUCGGGCUCGGUGGAGGCUUUCCACCGCAUGCACAGCGCCUUCGAGCGCGACCUCCAGCUGCUGGAGACGCAGGUGCAGCAGUUCCGGGAGGCGGCGGCGCGGCUGCAGACCGCCUACGCCGGCGAGAAGGCGGCCAGCAUCCAGCAGCUGGAGCAGGAGGUGGCGCGGGCGCUGCGGGCGCUGCUGGAGGCGUGCAGCGGGCGCCGGGCGCGCCUGGUGGACACGGCCGACAAGUUCCGCUUCUUCAGCAUGGCCCGCGACCUGCUGUCCUGGAUGGAGAGCACCACGCGGCAGAUCCAGACGCAGGAGAAGCCCAGGGACGUCUCCUCGGUGGAGCUGCUCAUGACGUACCACCAGGGCAUCCGCGCCGAGAUGGACGCGCGCAGUAAGAGCUUCGCCGCCUGCGUGGAGCUGGGCAAGAAGCUGCUGCAGCGCAAGCACCAGGAGUCACCCGAGAUCAAGGCGAAGCUGAUGGAGCUGCUGGACAAGAGGAAGGCCAUGAUGGAGCUGUGGCAGCAGCGCUGGGACCGGCUGCGGCUGCUGCUGGAGGUGUGCCAGUUCUCCAGGGACGCCUCGGUGGCCGAGUCGUGGCUGGUGGCGCAGGAGCCCUACCUGGCCAGCAGCGACUACGGGCAGACGGUGGACGGGGUGGAGAAGCUGCUCAAGCGGCACGAAGCCUUCGAGAAGUCCACGGCCACCUGGGAGGAACGCAUCGCCGCCCUGAGGAAGCUGACGACGCUCGAGCUCCUGGGCGGGCGGACGCUGCGGGAGGAGGAGGUGACGCACGACGCCGCUCCCGAAUAUCGCCUGGAUCUGGAUGCUGAGCUGGAGGCAGGGUCGGAGGAAGAGGACGAGAAGAGGAAGGGGGUGACGCCGCAGGACACCUCUCCGCCUGCCACCGAUGGGCUCCAACCGCCGGCCCAGGGCGAGGAGGAGCCGGCCACGGUGCCACGGGAGGAGGUGGCCACGCUGCCCGCCCAGCCGGCCCGCGUCCAGCUCGAGGGCUACCUGGGCCGCAAGCACGACCUGGAGGCGGCCACCAAGCGGGCGUCCAACAGGUCGUGGAGCACGCGGUACUGCGUGCUGCGGGGCGGCGAGCUCGCCUUCUUCAAGGACGCCAAGAGCCGGGCGCUGGGGGUGCCCUGCCAGGGCGAGGAGCCCCUGGGGCUGCGCGACGCACGCUGCCAGGUGGCCGCCGGCUACAAGAAGAAGAAGCACGUCUUCACGCUCAGGCUCAGCAACGGCAGCGAGUGGCUCUUCCACGGCAAGGAUGAGGAGGAGAUGCAGACGUGGCUGCAGGGGCUGCACGCGGCCAUCACCUCCUGCCAGACCCUGCCGGCCAAGGCGCGCAGCCUGCCCCCGCCCCGCGCCCCCCCCGAGCCCGGCCCGCCCCGGCGGGACAAGGAGAAGCGCUUCAGCUUCUUCCCCAAGAAGAAAUAAAUCGGGGGGAGGGGAGGGGGGAAGGGGGGGCAGCACCGCACCCACACGGCGUGUACAUAUAUAUAAAUAUAUCUAUGUGUUUAUAUUUAUAUAUAUACAUACGUUUCCAUGCUUCAGGGCAUGCAGGCACCCCGGUGUCGGUGCACGCACGUCUAUGC